AUAAUUCCCAAUCGACAGGUCGACAACCCUUUUAAAUUGUCUUGAGUUGUAGCGAUUUAAUGUAUGAUGCGAUAUGCUCAUAUUAUGUUAGAAUCGUUUAGAUCGUUUAGAUACCAUGAACCUAGAGAAUUCAAAGUAAAAGUGAAAUAGUUACAUUAUUGUUGGGUAUACAAUGUGUAAAAGUAUAACAAUAAUAUAGUAUCACGUGAAGUUGGCCUUAAAAUUGUUUUGUUAUCACAGUAUUUUUUUUUUUUUUUUGGUCAUUAUACUCGUAAUUUAAUGUUUACAAUAUGAAAGCAACGAACGAGUUUCCUGAACCGUAUGUAUUGUUUCUCGUUAGAAAAAUUAAACAGUUCUCCAUCGCUGUGUUUCCGCUUAUAUUUUAAACAUCAAUUUAGUGUUUACAAAACACAGUUCACGAGGAAGUUUUCUCGUCAUUUGCACGCCGUUUAUAAAUACUGCCGUAAGAACGAAAACAAGUGCAUUCCCUUACAGCCUACGGUCUGAGUUUGUCGAGUAGAAUAAUUCCGAUCCACACUCGUACCUACGAGUUAUAUUGUACCGCACCUUCGCCAACAGCUGCUAUAAGACUAUAUGUCGAUGACGAUGACGACGACUACGGCGAUAGUGUCGUUCGCAAUUUUGCUCGGGUCAACCUCACUAUGUUUCGCCGAUCAAUCCGACGCCGGGGGUGUACAAAGAUCGGCGAUGCCGGGCCAAAAGCUAAACGAAAUGAUGAACCACACGCCGGCGGUAAAAUCAGUACCGUUUCUCGGGUCGUCGAGCGGCGCGCAAUCGCAGCCCUCGUCGACCGCAAAGACGCCGUGCAUUUGUGGUGUGUUUUUGAGUAGCCAAAUCACCAAGGUCGGUAAUAAACAGCCAACCGGAUAUGCGGCGUUAUUGCACGAACAGGACGAAUCAGCCCCGUGUAACGCUUUGGGUGUGAAGACUUGCAUCAACAAGUGUUUGGAAAUUAUCGCCAAACACUUGCCAAAUAGUCAGGCAAUCAUCUGCGGUUCGGUCGAUCGUGAUGUGUACAAGGAACGGGCGCAUCUGUUCGUGAAAAACUGCAACGACUCGUGGAUUAACACUCUUUUAUCCGCCGGCAAAGAGUUCUGUUGCAAGGAUGGACAGCAUUACAAAUGUCCUGUAAAAUAAUUACACGAACCACGUGUAUAUAGUUAAAUUUUUUGAAAUAAUAAUAUAUGUUAUUAUUUAUUUUGAUGUAUUUUUAUACGUUUUUUAUUAAAGAAAUAUUUAUUCAA